AUGGAAGCGCCGCGGCCGCCUCCGUCGGGGAGGGAGGCGCAGUCCGGGUGGGGCGCGGCGGCGCUGCUGGGCCGGGAGCGGCAGGGCCGGCGAGGGCCGGGCGGGCGGCGGCGGCGGCGGCAUCUGCACCCGGCUGACCGCCUUCCCCCCCCCCGCCCCUCCGCAGGGUUCUGGCUGCUGUGGACGGUCCUGAUCCUGUUCAGCUGUUGCUGCGCCUACCGGCACCGUCGCGCCAAGUUGCGCCUGCAGCAGCAGCAGCGGCAGCGCGAGAUCAACCUCAUUGCCUACCAGGGUGCCUGCAACUACCCGCCCUCCGCGGGGGAGCUCCGGAUGCUGGCCUCCUUCAAGCUGCCGGCCUACGAGGAGGUGGGCCGCCGCCCCGCCACGCCGCCGCCCCCCUACAGCAGCGCCCCCGCCGUCCUCCUCGGGGGCUCCAGCACCUUGACGCUGAGCGGCAGCUCCGAGAACUGCACCAGCUGCUCCUGCGAGUCCAGCUGCCUGACGUCCCCCGGCAGCACCUCCCUGUCGGCCACCGAGGCCAGCAGCCCCAGCCCACGGGAGGGCGAGGGCGACGGGGGCUGCGGCCGCUCCGAGGGGGACGGCUGGGGGCGGACCGCCGCCUCCCCCAAGCAGGCCCUCUUCUCCUCCGGCUUGGAGCUUUUCGGAAGCGACUCGCGGCGCCUCUCCGAGGGGCCCGACGCCCGGGAAGAAAGUAGUCAGGCGCGACACCGGCGCCUGACCGGGGACUCCGGGAUCGAGGUGGGCCGAGGCCAAGACGAGGAAGAGGCUGCGGCCGAGGACAGCGAGGAAGAGGAGGGUGCCCGCUUGCUUGGCAAAGGGGUGGCCUGCAGUCAGCACGGGGAGCCCUCUGAAGGGGACGCCGAGGAACUGGCCGCCUCACCAACGUUGCCUGUCUGAAAGGGGGCUCUUGUGCUCGGCUGCCCCACCCACCUCGGAGACUGAGCUGCCUCUUGUUCACUGUGGAGAACUAGCGCCUUAUCCUCUGCCCAGCCAUAUGGAUGCCUCCUGCCCUUACCGCUCCGCUCCCUCCUUAGUGCUGGCUUGGGAACCUUCUGGGGGCAGGAGCCCAGGGCCCUUGGCAGCAGGGAGGGGAGCUACUUGCUGGAUCAUAACUAUACUGAUUGUGUGUGGUUCCUGCUGCGCUCCAGCUUUGAUGUAAGGCAUGGCGAAGGUGAAGGCUCAGUCCCUCCCCAUUUCCAGGUUGCACUGAGGUUUGCUGGUUGCAUAAAGAGAUGGCUGUUGCCAACACCGGUUCUGCCCUGGGAGCAGGGAGCUGGCCUUCCUGUUGGCCAGUGUCCUACCAGCACCUGGUAGUACUGUGUGCUUAUUAAACAGACGCGGAAAA